UGUUUCGUGCGCAUGCUCCUCUGCUUCCUACUCAAUACACGGUGUCACCUUGUUUCAAUGUUCAUAAAGGAUUACUGCUAGGCAAAAGGAGACUUCUGUUCUGGGAUUAGUGGGAUUCUUACACUGUUCUGAUCGGCAUGGCAUUCUCAUCUGGAGCGGCUGGCGGAGGGGCAGCCAAGGCCCGAACGUCCCCGAAGUCUAUAAAAUUCCUUUUCGGUGGGUUAGCAGGGAUGGGGGCAACUGUAUUUGUGCAGCCGUUGGAUCUGGUGAAGAAUCGGAUGCAGCUUAGUGGGGAAGGGGCCAGAACAAAGGAGUACAAGACCAGCUUCCAUGCUGUGGGCAGCAUUCUCAGGAAGGAAGGGGUACGUGGUAUUUACACUGGGCUAUCAGCUGGCUUACUUCGGCAGGCCACAUAUACGACAACUCGUUUGGGUAUCUAUACAAUUCUUUUUGAAAAAUUCACCAAACAAGAUGGCACACCUCCUAACUUCUUUAUGAAAGCAUUAAUUGGUAUGACAGCUGGGGCAGUAGGGGCCUUUGUUGGAACGCCAGCAGAAGUAGCCUUAAUCAGGAUGACUGCAGAUGGCAGGUUACCAGUAGACCAGAGGCGAGGAUAUAAAAAUGUGUUUAAUGCUUUAAUAAGGAUAACCACUGAGGAAGGCGUGACAACACUUUGGAGGGGUUGUAUCCCAACUAUGGCUAGAGCAGUUGUCGUAAAUGCCGCCCAACUUGCAUCUUACUCUCAGUCCAAGCAGUUCCUCAUGGACACAGGCUACUUCAGAGAUGAUAUUCUGUGCCAUUUCUGUGCUAGUAUGAUAAGUGGACUUGUUACUACCGCAGCAUCAAUGCCUGUAGAUAUUGCAAAAACAAGGAUUCAGAAUAUGAGAAUGAUAGACGGCAAACCUGAAUAUAAAAAUGGGCUGGAUGUUUUAGUAAAAGUGGUCCGAAAGGAGGGCUUCUUCAGUCUCUGGAAAGGAUUUACACCAUAUUAUGCUCGCCUGGGCCCUCACACUGUCCUCACAUUCAUCUUCUUGGAACAGAUGAACAAGUACUACAAGAAAUUUUUUCUAGAUGCUUAAUUUUGAAAUGUGGGGCCUCCUGUUUAGUUUGGGAAGGUGCUUUAAUUCCAUGAGCAUACUCUGUGUGGCCAUGUUCUAUGCCUAGAAAUAGUCUGUGCAUUUCAAGUCUUGGCACAGACUGUGAGUAGGUUUUAUGAAUUAAUAUAUUUAUGUAUGAAUGAUGAGCACAGGAUCAGAGUGGGUUAUUUAUUCUUUUAGUAAUGUGGAGUUAAUUAACUCUUCAUUAUUAUAGUCCUGCUUGAAAAUGGAGACCUUUAGACAAUUUGUGGUUGUGGUCUCUAUGCCAUUUAAUUCUGAGAGAUUAUAUAUCCUCCCAGAUUUGUGCUGUUUGAGAUGUGAGAAAUCUUAAUUGCUGGAGGUCCCAGAGAUAAUGCCCUUAACCCUCUCUCCCCCGACAAACUGAAUUUGCUCCUUAUCUGUUGAAACUCUGGUGAAGGAACAGGUACAUUUAAGAACUCCAUUAUAUAUAGUAAGAUUGUGCAGUAUAUCGACUGAAGGCAGUGGUUCUAUCUUUAAAUCUGGAGGCUCAAGUGAUUACAUGGUUAAAGGUAAUAUGUUUGCCUCAUGGUAACUGGAGUCCCUUUAUGACCUGCUCUUUGUGUCAUGGUCUCAAGAAAUAGCACAUACCUCAAAGCAGAGUAAGUUAUAUUUGAGGAAUAGCAUUUUUGAGCAUAUUGUUUUCUUUGUACUCCAGACCUCUCUUGAAAAAAACUCUUUCCAUAAAUUGUUAUUGGUUUGGGGCAUAAUCAUAGAUGUAAUGGAAGACCACAUCAUGGCCAGUGUUCCAUACUCUUGUCUUUACUGUCCUAAAUGCUUUUUCCUUCUAUGCAGAAAUUUAAUCCAUAAUCUGGAAGCGAUUUGUAUUAACACUGUUGUCUUAGACUUCCUCGCUGGUCAAGCAGGUACAAAAUGAUCUAAGUAAAGUCCUCCCUACAUAUUCCUCCCUUAAGCACUUUGUUUUUAAGGCAGUAGUCAUAUUUCAGUUUUGUACUACCUUUUUAAUAUGGUGCUAUAUUUUGUUCUUAAUUCACAUUAAUUUUGGUAAUUAUUUUUAUUCCAUCACAUCCAUUUUGCAUUACUUCUGAAUAGCUUUUAUUAAUUUAAAAGUUAUUGGGCUUAGAUUGUUGUCUUGGCCGUACAUUUCUGCAGGAAGUUAGUAGGAUACAUUGACAAAUUUCCUGCCUUUUGAAGGAGGAGAUAUUUUUAUCUCGUCUGUCAUUGCACAGAUGUCAUGGCAUCUUCAGCUUUUGGAUAUUUUGUCAAAGUGUAGGUCAGGACAGAAAGGAGAAGCCAGGAGCAGUUGUAAUAUUCACAUGGCACAUAUUGAACAAAAUAAAGUUUAGGGUUCCCAUCUAGAGAGAUGGGGCAGAUGGAAAAUCCCUUAAUAUUAGUGCAUCCAUGCCCUAAAGAUUUCUUAUAAAACUUGAAAAAGCUGCUAAUUUGUAUCGUUUGCUUAGUUACAUGCAUGGAUGCAUGGGCACACACACACACACACACACACACACACACACACACACACACACACACACACUCAUGCUCCCAUGCAUGCACACAAACACACACAUACAAAAUUGCAGCCAUUAACUGUAGCUGUAGAAAACUGUGUAUAAUGUGUAUGUUCUGAGUCAUUUCUUCUGUUAACUACCACAGACCAGUCUCUGGAGUCUUCAGAGUUCAUUCCCCAAAUUCCAGAUUUCCAAGUGUAAUACUUCAUGCCUUGUAACUGUCUUUGCGUUAAACCCAAUAAUGUCUCUUUCUGACGUUCAUGUAGAAUUGCACUUGAUUUGCUAAGAGUCAAAUAGGAAAGAGGUUACAACUAUAUACAGGGAAAACAGAGUGGGUAGAAUUUUGAGAUCAUUAAAAUGUAGAGUUCUGGUACUGUAAGAAUAUGACAGAGGUGAAGGAAUUCAUGUUUGCAUGCAGCAAGUUUGGGGGUACUCAUUUGGUUAAAUGUUUAAAAAAAUGUUCAAGUUUUAUGUGCUGCAUUUGAGUUUUCACUGACUAGUAUAGUAGCCCUCGAAAUUGUUGACCAACUUUCCAAAAAAAAUAAAUAAAUAAAUAAAAUAAAUAUGUAUGUGUGUGUGUGUGUGUGUGUGUGUAUAUCUAUCUAUCUAUCUAUAUAUAUAUAUAUAUAUAUAUAUAUAUAUAUAUAUACGUAUAUACAUACACACACACACAUGAGGCAGAAAAUGGUGAUAUUUAUGGUCUGAUGCCACCUACAUAUUUAAGCAAACUUUUAACAUGUACUGUACUUAACUUUGAUCCUCUGUUAAAAGAAGAGAAUUGAUUUAUAAAAUAAAUGGUUUUCCUCAAGGCCUUUUCAAGUUGAUGUGGGUUUAGCAUUUUUGUGGAUGCAGUUGAGAAGUGACUUUCAUGGAUGGUUUGGUUUCUGUUUCUUACUGAAAUGUUUUUGGAAAGACCAGACUACAAAUGCAUGUGAAGCCCUGGAAGGAAAGGAUGCUGAGUAGAUCUGACAUCUAAUUUUGCUCGUCUGUUUUAUUUAUGGAACCCAAUUUACAUUUUGAGAAAUAAUGAACAGCAAGCAAGUAUACUUCAGGAAGAUUGCUAUGAUUAAAUUUUUUUCAUUUUACCCAUUUUGUAAUAAUACUGUCAUCCAAGAACAGUUCAGAUUUUUCAGUACUUUGUAGCCCAGCAGACUGUUGAUGUUGUGCUUUCAUGCUUUGCUGUGUUCAUGGAACUUGGCAGUUCACUGUGGUGUAUUCUUUUACCUUGAUCAUUGGCUUUUCCUGUAAAUUGUUGUCUCUCUUGCCUUUUGGCAUCUUGGAGACUUUUAGUGCAUUCAUUGCUGUGCUGUGCCCACCUUACAUCCCUGGGGGCCUUUCAUUCAUUGCCCCCCUCCCACCAGUGGAAUCAACACAGCAGUGGCGCACCACUACGAUAUUAUUGGCUGAAGUGCCUACCAGAGUAGGGUGGCAAUGGCCAAUAGGCCAGCACUGCAUAGGGAUCUGAAAUAAAGUUAUCCAGUGUAUUACCUUGCUUAUUUUGAUCAUGCCAGACAAGUAUAGCCAUGGUAGUUCAACACACAUAACAUGUGUGAGUCUUAUUUUAGGUAGAAAUCUGAGGUGUGGUCAGAUAACAGCAUUUACUUUAAAUUCCUGACAUAAUGCCAGGUUAAGUUUUACUUUGUAAGAUGAAAUUUAUCUGCAUUUUUUAUCAUGCAGUGUUAUGUUUUGAAUUUUAUUUUUGGAUGAUGUCACAGUUAGUAUUGGAGCUAUUACUUGUAAAUUGCGUUACCAAAUGUGAAAUGAUUCCUUUGAGAAUCUUUUAUUGUUUUAAUAAAGUUAAUAUUAAUUCUGAA